AUGUGGAGCGUGUGUGUGGGUCUGUGUGUGCUUGCAUGCUCUUUGCAGGCCGUGCCUGUUAGCGAAAAUAACUGUUUAGGUCGCAACAAGGUGCUGCUGGUCUCCUUUGAUGGAUUCAGGUGGGAUUAUGACAAGGACGUGGACACGCCUCACCUGGACCAAAUGGCUGUCGAUGGAGUGAAAGCCCCUUACGUAACCCCGGCCUUCUUUACCAUGACCAGUCCUACCCACUUCACAAUACUUACAGGUAAAUAUCUCGAGAAUCACGGCGUGAUACACAACAUGUGGUUCAACACCAAGACAUCAGAGAAGAAGCCAUACUACCAAACGCAGUUUGUGAAUGAGUGGUGGGAUAACGGCAGCUUACCCAUCUGGAUCACUGCUCAAAGACAAGGUCUCCGAGCUGGCUCACUUCACUUCCCCGGCACGGCUUCAACCUAUGAUGGUGAGAAAGCAGUGGUGUCUGAAGUGGAGCCUCGCUUCUAUAACUACAGCAAUGAGACAGCAUGGCACCAGAACAUCGACAAGGUUAUGAAAGUCUGGUUUGGAGAAAAAAAACUGGAUUUUGUGGCCUUGUAUUUUGGUGAGCCGGACAGCACAGGCCACAAAUAUGGUCCAGACUCUGAUCAGCGCAGGGAGAUGGUGAGACAGGUGGACCGAACAGUGGGUUACCUGAGAGCUUCGGUUGAGCGCAACAACCUUGCCCAGUGCCUCAAUAUCAUCAUAACCGCCGACCAUGGCAUGACCACGGUGUUACGUGGUGGCACGGUGAAUGAGAUUGUACUCUCCAAGAUCCCGGGAUUCUCUUUCCAAGAUCUAGACUUCCAUCUGGUGGACUACGGGCCAUCUGGUUUGCUCCUCCCUAAAGCAGGAAGGCUGGAAAAAGUAUACAAUGCCCUGAAGGGUGCUCAUCCACACCUCCAUGUCUACAAGAAAGAGGAAAUGCCCCCCAGGCUGCACUUUGCCCAAAAUGACCGCAUAUUGCCCAUCAUCUUAUGGGCCAACUUGGGAUACGUCAUUAAUGGAUACUUCCCAGUGCAGUUCAACAAAGGAGAGCAUGGCUUUGACAAUAGCGAAUUGGACAUGAAGCCAUUGUUCCGUGCAGUAGGACCUGCCUUCCGGAAGAAUCUUAUGGUGGAGCCAUUUGAGACAGUGCACAUAUACUCACUGAUGUGUCACCUGCUGGGCAUCACACCUGAACCCAAUGACGGAAACCUGGAUGCUACGCGUGCCAUGCUGCGCUCUUCUGUGCAACCACAGGAAAAAGCCUCCGUUACGUCCAAGGCAUUCACCGGCCUCGGGGCUGUGAUGAGUUUGCUCGUGAUCAUGUUUGCUGUCAUGGGGACCUACAGCAUCUUUCAGCACAGGAGGAAAAAACAGAGGGCUGGAAGUUGUGACAAAUCUGAAGGCGAUGACAUGAAACAAACAUCAUUUUAG